AUGGUUAGUAAGGAGACAGGCCCCUGUGUCCUGUCAAAUUCAGAGUCAGACUCAGAGGCCGGAGGUCCAACCCUUGGAAGUGAAAGCAGUAGAAGUGGGGACCUUGUGCACAAACGGAACAAAGCCCUACAGGUCCGCUUCAAGGACAUCUGUGAAGCCCAGAAUGAGGCAGCACGUCUAGCCCAGGGUGCCAAGGCACGCUCUGUUUCCUGCAAGGUUGUACACAAGAGGUACAUGACCAUGCCGGCACGCCGUUCCAUACCCAAUGUGACCAAGAGCACAGCGGUGCAAACCUCACCCGAAUUAAAGAAGCAUUAUCAGACUUUCCCCUUUGAGCGCAAAAAGGGGCACACUAUCAAACACACAGCUGUGGUGGAGAACUACGAGAACCAAAACAAUGGGUUCUUAAGUGAAGUGCAAGCUACUGUGGAAGAAAGGCCACGAGGAGCAAGGGUACAGAAGACUCGAGUGCUUCUUCACAGUAUGCCACCAUGUGCUGAUGUGCAGGAUUUGUGCCCAGAUAGCAGCCUUGAUUCCUCAGGUCAAGGCAAGGAGACAGAUGCAAACCUGCACCAACAAGACUCAAAGGAAGAUUGUGUUCAAGGAAGUAGCUUCAAGCACAAAGAAUUACCCAGUCAGAGUGAAGUGGGACCAGAACAAGAGCCCAACUGCACCAAAAGCUCCUCCUCAUCUACAUCAACACAACCUCUGCAGGACAGAGGUGCCAUUUCAAAGGUCACAGGCCCCAUUGCAUGGACAUCUUUGACGCAAGUGGAAUGUCUAGACAGUCCCUCAGUGCAGUGCAAGCGUAAGAAAGAGCCUGUGCCAUUGAAUGGCCUGCAGUCUCAGACCUUACCACGUGCAGCCAGCUGCCCCUCCCAGGAUACCAAUCAGGCUCACUUCCAUGGUAACUAUGGCUUUGGUAGUAUGGAUACCCGAGAAGUUACCAGGAGUCAUGUGUGCGGGCAGAUGAUUCAGCUGCCUGGGGCAGAUGGAGACGUGAAAGCCCGACUACAGGCCAUGGAGACUCUCAUCAGCUCAAGCCAGGAGACCAUUAAAGUUCUGCUGGGGGUCAUUCAGGAACUAGAGAAAGGAGAGGCACAGCGGGAGGGCCGAAUAUCAUACCGAACAGGGCAGGAUACAGCCAACUGUGACACGUGCCGCAAUAGUGCCUGCAUCAUCUACAGUGUGGAGCUGGACUUUAAGUUGCAAGAGGAUAAAUUCCAGCCAUUGAUGAAAAGACUGUGUCCGGCAGUAGACCCACCCUAUCCUUCUCUGCCUUAUACGCAUGAAGUGUACACUUCCACCCCCAAGCGCAAGUCCAAGACUGAAGCCAAGAAGCAUGCACGCUGGAGACUCUGGUUUCUCUGA